ACUACGGAUUAAACCAAGAGUACAAAUAUGUCCAGUUUUUACAAGUUGAUCGCUUUAGUUACACUGGUGUCAAAAUCAACUUGUGACGAGGAUGCAUUUCUGUAUGACGUCUUCCCCUCAGGAUUUCAGUGGGGCUUUUCCUCAUCAAGUUAUCAGAUUGAAGGAGCAUGGAAGGAAGACGGGAAAGGAAUACACAUCUGGGACACAUUUGUCCACCGAAUUCCAUCCCCGAUUCCGGACAAGAGCAAUGCAGACAUUGGAUGCGAUUCGUACCACAAAUAUGACCAUGACGUCUCACUCCUCAAAUAUAUCGGGGCAGGUGUUUAUCGGUUUAGUUUAUCCUGGACCAGGAUUCUUCCAAUGGGGAGAAUUGAUUACAUAAAUCCUGCCGGGAUCCAAUACUACAACAAUUUGAUUAACCUCCUCCUUGCCAACGGUAUCGAGCCGAUCAUUACCCUACAUCAUUGGGACUUGCCCCAACCUCUUCAGGAUCUCGGUGGCUGGCCAAAUGAAGAAGUAAUCCAGAAUUUUAUUGAUUUCGCAAAUCUAGCCUUUCACACGUUUGGGGAUCGUGUCAAGAAAUGGGUCACUUUUAACGAACCGAAUGUAAUGUGCAUGCACGGAUACAUAACUGGGACACAUGCCCCUGGACACAAAAAUAUCAAUCAAGCCGUAAACUGUAUCCGUAACGUGAUAAAAUCACACGCGCGGGUUUAUCGUCUCUACGACCGGGUUUUUCGUCCUUACCAAGGUGGUAAGGUGGGAAUGUCCCUAUUCUCAUACUGGCUGGAACCAAAAGAUCCGAAGAACCCGGCUCACCAAAAAGUUGCUGAAUAUUGGAUGCAAAUCAUGUGGGGGAUUUUCGCGUUCCCAAUCGUUUUUGGAGAUUAUAACGAAGAAACGAAGCAACUGCUGGGAAAAUUUAAGAAAUUCAAGUUGACAUCGUCCCCGAUAGAGUUCACUUUGGAAGAAUCUGUCGAAAUAAAAGGGAGCUACGAUUUUUGGGGGCUUAAUCACUACUCAACAUUCCUAGUGGAGCCGAGCAAAGUGAUAACAUCCAUCGUGCAUGGAGACCUUACCGGCUUAGUGCUGGGAAUCAAGAUAUCGACCGAUCCGAACUGGCCGGAAAGUGCAAAAUACGAUCUAACCAUAGUUCCUUGGGGUUUUAGAAAGAUGUUGAACUGGAUCAGAGAGGGGUAUGGAUCUCCAGAAAUUUACAUUACGGAAAACGGAUAUCCCGACUCUCCCCAAACCGGACUCGAAGACGUUGCCCGGGUGAAAUUUCAUCGCGAUUACAUCAACCAAAUGUUAAAGGCCGUCAAAAUCGAUGGUGUUCGAGUAACCAUGUACACGGCGUGGGGUCUUCUAGACUGCUUUGAGUGGUACUUCGGAUACACCGUAAAUUUUGGAGUCGUCUACGUCAACCAUAGCGAUCCUGAAAGACCUCGCACGCCAAAACUUUCAUCUUCUUGUCUUCAACAAAUUUUUGCCGAGAAUGGAUUUCCCCAAACAAGCUUUCCACUUUUAAAAAUAGGAUAAAUUAUUUGUCCUAAUAAAUAUUCUUCCAGCGAGUAAGUAUUGCAAAAUAAAAUAUAACGAUUUC